UACUCCUUGUGGAGUCAGCGGGAUGACGAUGCAGGCGCGCUCCUCCCAGGCCGCUCCCUGCGCGCGCUAACGCCCCAUGGUCUCCUCCAAGAUGGGCCCCGGGCCGCUGUGGGUGGCCCUGCCCGUGCUGUCACUGCUGUCCUGCUCCGGGCAGGGAAAGCCGCUGCAGAGCUGGGGACGGGCCUCGGGCGCGGGGAACAGCCGCGCCUCGCAGGGGGAGCCCCGAGCGGGGCCGCCGCAGGGCGCGCUGGAUCUGCAGGUGUUCAUGGAGAACAUGAAGAUGGAUUUCCUGCGCAGCCUCAACCUGAGCGGGGUGCCCUCCCAGGACAGGACCAGGGCGGAGCCGCCGCAGUACAUGAUCGACCUGUACAACAGGUACACCUCGGACAAGUCCUCCACUCCCACCUCCAACAUCGUGCGCAGCUUCAGCGUGGAAGACGCGGUCUCUGUGGCCCCCCUGGAUGACUUCCCUUUCCAGAAGCACAUUCUGCUGUUCAAUAUCUCCAUCCCCAGGCACGAGCAGAUCACCCGGGCCGAGCUCCGGCUCUACGUCUCCUGUCAAAAUCACGCGGACGCCGCUCACGGGCCGGAAGGGAACCUGGUGAUCUAUGACGUCCUGGACGCCUGGGACGGCGCCUCGGGGACCAAGAGCUUCCUGGUGUCCCAGGACAUCCGGGACGAGGGCUGGGAGACCCUGGAAGUGUCCGGCGCCGUGAAGCGCUGGGUCAGGGCGGACGCCACCAAGAGCCAGAACAAGUUGGAGGUGACCGUGGAGAGCCACAGGAAGAGCUGUGACAAGCUGGACAUCAGCGUCCCCCCGGGCUCCAAGAACCUGCCCUUCUUCGUCGUCUUCUCCAACGAUCGCACCAACGGGACCAAGGAGACGCGGCUGGAGCUGAGGGAGAUGAUCAGCCACGAGCAGGACAGCGUGCUCAGCAAGCUGGCCAAGAACCGCGGCGGUCAGGAGGCCGCGGCCGAGUGGGAGGUGGCGGACGGGCGCGCGGCCGUGGUGCCCUCUUUGGCCCGGCGGAAGCGGAGCGCGGGGGCCGGCAGCCACUGCCAGAAGACCUCCCUGCGGGUGAACUUCGAGGACAUCGGCUGGGACAGCUGGAUUAUCGCGCCCAAGGAGUACGACGCCUUCGAGUGCCAAGGGGGCUGUUUCUUCCCCCUGGCCGACGACGUGACGCCCACCAAACACGCCAUCGUGCAGACCCUGGUGCAUCUCAAGUUCCCCACCAAGGUGGGCAAGGCCUGCUGUGUGCCCACCAAACUGAGCCCCAUCUCCAUCCUCUACAAGGACGACAUGGGGGUGCCCACCCUCAAGUACCACUACGAGGGGAUGAGCGUGGCCGAGUGUGGCUGCAGGUAGUACCUGCCGGUGGGGCUGGGCGAGCUGCGCGGCA